UAACCUAUAAAAUCGACGUCCACUAUCUUUCUUUCCGAAUGUGUUGGUAGUCUCUCGAAAUGUACUUCUAGUUUUCGUGUGUCCAGUAACAUUAUUUUGUCAAAAUGGCUAGGGGUCCGAAGAAGCAUUUGAAGCGUUUAAACGCACCCAAAGCAUGGAUGUUGGACAAAUUGGGAGGUGUCUUUGCACCGCGUCCCAGCACUGGUCCGCACAAACUCCGUGAGUCGCUUCCGUUACUGAUCUUCUUGCGUAACCGUUUGAAGUAUGCACUCACCGGAGCUGAAGUUACUAAGAUCGUCAUGCAAAGGUUGAUCAAGGUUGACGGCAAAGUCCGUACUGACCCCAAUUAUCCUGCUGGAUUCAUGGAUGUUAUUUCUAUCCAAAAGACUGGUGAGCAUUUCAGAUUAAUCUAUGACGUAAAAGGUCGUUUCACCAUUCACAGAAUCACCCCAGAAGAAGCUAAAUACAAGUUAUGUAAAGUUAAGAGAGUUCAAACUGGACCUAAGGGUGUUCCAUUCUUAACAACUCAUGAUGGCCGUACUAUCCGUUACCCUGACCCAAACAUCAAGGUUAAUGAUACAAUUAGGUACGAUAUUGCAACAUCUAAAAUUUUGGAUCAUAUUCGUUUUGAAACUGGAAAUCUGUGCAUGAUCACUGGAGGUCGUAACUUGGGACGUGUUGGUAUUGUUACUAACCGGGAAAGACAUCCAGGAUCUUUUGAUAUUGUUCACAUUAAGGAUGCUAAUGAACACAUUUUUGCCACAAGGUUGAACAAUGUAUUUAUUAUUGGAAAGGGGCAAAAGAAUUACAUUUCUCUGCCAAGAAGCAAAGGAGUUAAAUUGACAAUUGCUGAAGAACGUGACAAGCGUUUGGCUGCCAAGACCAAGUCCAGCAAACGUUAAAAGUGUUUUUGCCUAUUCAUGUGAUUUGAAUAAAUUGACUCAUAAAAUACUAAUA